AUGAAGAUCACCACCACCUAUCUACUCGCCCUCUCAGCGCCAAGUGUCAUUGCUUGGCCGUCAGUAUGGCCGUAUGAGAAGAGGGCCACAGCUCUCCCAUCGGAAUGGAAGCCCGGCGUCCCAUGGCAAAUUGUGAUCCAUGCUCCCAUCGAUAUCAGGACUACGGUGAUCCCAACACAGGCACAAGUCUGGGAUGUAGAUUAUUUUCAUUCCCUUGCUCAUCCCGAGAUUAUUCCCGCCAUUAGAAAUCCCGCCCCUGAUGUGGAUAACGUUGUGCUCUGCUACGUCAAUAUCGGCGCCAUUGAGCAGUACGAGGCGGACUAUUCAAGCUUUCCCAAGGAUGCGAUAGGCAACUCGUACGAGGACUACCCCGAGGCUGAGAUUGGCUGUGACGGCAUCGAUGCCGACAAUAUUGAUGGUUACGACUGGGAUGAGCCUGGUGUGGAUAAGACGGGAUGGCAUCUCACAGAAGCCGACCUCAUCACGUACGUCACCACACUCGCCGACUACGCUCACAGCCUCAACACCCUCCGCGGCGUCCCUCUCAUGUUCGGCCAGAAGAACGCCAACCACCUCGCCGACCGCCUCAUCCACAUCGUCGACUUCGCCGUGCUAGAGGACUGCCAGGGCCUUAACGGACGGCUCCCCGGCGUCCACGAAGCCUACUGCCACGACUUUCAGGAUUUCGUCACGGGCGAGGUCCGCUCCGACGGCAAGAAGCUGCCCGUUUUCGAGAUUGAGUAUCCCGGAUCGACGGAGAACGGGAGCACCAACCUCACCAAGUCGGACUGGGAGUACUACUGCAACAGGGACAAGGUGGAGGUGGGCAACGUCGACUUCAGCCAAGUCAUCAAGCACGAGUCGGAGCAGAUUGAUGGGUGGGUCCAGUACUGCUCCGAGAGCGAGAAGAUGGGCAAAUUCUGGACCGUGACCUUGCCUAUUGGGUAA